AUGAACCCGAGCGGCCUGCGCCAGAGCUACACCAUGGGUUCACCGCCUGUCCAGUCGCCUGGCUCUAUCGGCGGCGAGUCUGAGUACAUGAGCACUCGCGAGGACGCGACUCCUCUGGCGACACCGCUCCCCAACGAGAACGAUAGCGGUCGAGAUACCCCGCGCGCCGGUUCCAGCCUCGGUCGACCAAACACUUUCCCUCCAAGCGAAUCCACGAGCCUCCUGCAAAAUGUCCUCAUCGAUAACUCCGCGCCGACUAGCUACACUCAUGGCACUUUUUCGCCCAGGCCUAUUAGUCCUACGGGCAGCGCCCGCAGCGCUGACAUGGACCGACCGUCCUCCUCUGCCUCCUCGAUCCCCAUCCUCGAUUCGGUGCUUACGACCAUUACCGGCGACGACCACUGGAGGAAGCGCUUCAUCAGAAAGUUGAAAAGCAAGAAGAUGACCUCGUCCAGGACGCUGGCAGAACAAGCGGGAUUCAAGGAUACCGUGUGGAUGUACCUCUCGUACUACAUCCCGCUCCUUACCUGGCUGCCUCAAUACCAAUGGUCCUACUUGAAGGGAGAUCUCGUCGCAGCGCUGACGCUUGCCUCUCUGUACCUGCCGAUGGCCCUCUCCCUCGCCGACAACCUUGCUCACGUCCCGCCUAUCAACGGCCUGUAUGCGUUUGUUUUCAAUCCCUUCAUCUAUGCCAUCUUUGGAAGUGCGCCGCAGAUGGUCGUCGGACCUGAAGCCGCCGGGUCUUUGUUGGUCGGUUCUGUGGUCCGAGGCAGCAUCGACCACGACAAGGACGAAGAAUACAACGCCGAACUACAGGCGAAAAUUUGCGGUGUGGUUGCAGGCAUGGCUGGAGCCACCGUCUUGCUGGCUGGUAUCGCGCGUCUUGGUUUCCUCGACAGCGUGCUCAGUCGCCCGUUCUUGCGCGGCUUCAUCUCUGCUAUUGGCUUCGUUAUUGCGGUCGAUCAGGCCAUCCCUGAGCUCGGUCUCGCGAAGUACGCGGCGGAAACUGGUGUUGGCCAUGGUAGCAGCAUGGAUAAACUGGAGUUCAUCUUCACCUCCUUCGACCAUGUUCACAAGCUUACUUUCAUCGUGGCCGGAGUCAGUUUUGUGAUCAUGAUGGUAAUGCGUGAGCUCAAGAAACACAUGACGCCCAAGUAUCCCGGGGUCGCUUACAUCCCGGAUCGAUUCUUUGUCGUCGUUGUUGCAGCCAUCCUGUCCUGGCGUUUCGAUUGGGCGAGCAAGGGAGUUGAGAUUCUCGGACCCGUUAAGGCUGCGUCCGGUCAUGUCUUCACCUUCCGCUGGCCCUUCCAAACAUCGCAUAUGGAACACAUUCGCGAGGCCAUGGGCACUUCAUUCUUGAUUGCUCUGCUGGGCUUCUUCGAAUCUUCCGUCGCGGCGAAGAGUCUGAGCAGUUCCGACAGCUUGCACGGCAUCCAGCUCAGCCCCAACCGAGAGCUUGUAGCGUUGGGUGCUGCCAACGUGGUUGGGGCUUGUUUCAUGAGUUUGUCUGCCUUUGGUGGUUACGGCAGAAGCAAGUUGAACAAGCAGACUGGCGGCAAGACACCUAUGAGUUCGAUCUUCCUCAGCGCCAUCAGUCUAGCAGCCAUCAUGUUCUUGUUGCCUUACUUCUACUAUCUACCCAAACCGGUCCUGUCAUCUAUGAUUUCUGUUGUUGCCUACUCAUUGCUCGAGGAAGCACCCCACGAUAUCGCCUUUUUCCUGCGCAUUCGCGGUUGGACCGAGCUGGGUCUGAUGACCAUCAUCUUCGUAUCUACAAUUUUCUACUCCCUCACUCUGGGUAUGGCUAUCGGCGUCGGCUUGUCUUUGCUCCAGGUCAUCAAGCACUCGACUCGCCCGCGCAUCCAGAUUCUUGGCCGCAUCCCUGGUACGCAUCGUUUCGAGAACGCCGAGUUGAACCCUGAUAGACUAGAGUUUGUCGAGGGCUGCCUCAUUGUCAAAAUUCCCGAGCCUUUGACUUUUGCCAACACGGGCGAGCUCAAGGCACGUCUCCGACGUUUGGAGCUGUACGGCACGAGCAUGGCUCAUCCCGCGCUUCCAAGGUUGCGUGGCGAGCAUCACAACAAGAACGUCAUCUUCGAUAUCCACGGUGUUACAUCCCUAGAUGGUUCGGGCACCCAGGUGCUUGAGGAGAUUGUGCGAAGCUAUAGAGAGCGCGGCGUUAGAGUGUUUUUCAGCCGUGGACCUACUAACCCACGCCAUCACAUCUGGCGGCUCAUGCGCCAGUCUGGCAUCAUCGACCUCGUCGGCGGCGAGUCUCAUUUCGUUACGGAUGUGCAAGAGGCUCUCAAGUUGACCGAGUACGAGCACAGCAUCAACGAAGCCAACAACCCUUAG